AGGUGUAAUGCUCACUAAUAUUGGUUUCCUUCAUUUUAGAUUCACUACUAUGUCCAGUCACACAUCCAAAUGAAUGAAUACAGAGAUCGUGUGAUUCUACCUUCCGCAACAAAAAGAUUUGGGCGAUACAUUGGCACUUGCAUAAAGAUUUUGGACAUGACUGGUUUAAAGUUUUCUGCACUAAAUCAAAUUAAGUUGUUGUCUGUAAUAUCUACCAUUGAUGACCUUAACUAUCCAGAGAAGACAGAGACUUAUUUCAUAGUUAAUGCUCCAUAUAUAUUUUCAGCCUGUUGGAAGGUUGUGAAACCUCUUUUGCAAGAGAGAACAAGGAAGAAAGUGCAGGUCCUUUCAGGCUCUGGAAGAGACGAAUUAUUGAAGAUUAUGGAUUAUGAAUCACUCCCACAUUUUUGUAGAAGAGAAGGUUCAGGAUCAUCACGGCAUUCUAGGAAUGGAACCGUCAGUGAUUGUUUUUCCUUGGAUCAUGCCUUCCAUCAGGAAUUGUACAACUAUAUUAAGGAGCAAGCUGCACUCAGGCAGCCUGGUGCACCAGUCAAACACGGUUCAUUUCAUGUAGAUUUUCCUGAGCCUGGUCCAGAAGAUGUCAAAAUUGCUGAAACUAUUGAGUCCGAGUUUCAGAGACUUGGGGAUCAAAAUGGGCUUUCUCAUUCUUUACACGAGCUUAAGAUAAACGUGGACUGAAGCUGGAUGAAAACUUGUACGCAUUGGCUGAGCCUAUUCCCAAAAUAGCUUUUGGAGAGUUGCAUUAUCUUUAUGCAGGUUUGGGGGCAAACUUAAAAUUACAAGUUGACCUCCUUAUCAAUCAAAAGUUUUUGGAUAUUUCCGGACUCAAAUUGAAGUUCAUAAUAUAGUAUUCAUGCGUUUAACAGUGACAUUGUAUUUCUUCAUAAAGUUCAUUUUCCACCUGAAAUUCUCACAAGUUAUGGCUA